UUGCUCAGGCGGCGCUGCGGUCCAGCGGCCGGCCGGGGAGACCUGUGUCGUGAUGAUGAUGAUGAUGAUGACGUCACCGAAGACCGCGCUCAGAUAGCUAGCGGGGACGUCGGAGUAGUGUUAAGACAUAAUCGUAUAGUGCAAAAUAACUGGGAACGGUGUCGCGGAUGUGAGUAUAGUUUAACGGGACACGUAAUAGUUGUGCGUCACGCCUCGGACGUUACGUCGCAGUUGGCGUUCUCCACCCGAGGAGACAACGAGUAG